GCAAAUAGAUAAAAGAGAGCGUGGAGAAAUCAGGACAGCUUGUCACGUCGUACAGACGAGAUUCCCGAGUGUAGUAACGGACGCGCUCGAGGUCGGCUUCGUCGGCUUCGAUGCGUCCGUUUACUUUCUUUAGGCACACACGCUGGAGCAAUCCCGUUAGCUAUUGUUGAACAAAUUCGUUAUCAAAACUGUACGAGAUGCAAUGAGAGAUGUGUGGCUCCAGACGAGUAUCCAUAUCUAUCAGUUUGUUUAUCCGCGAAUAACAGGGCUGUUCGAAGUAUCGAGCGACGGAAUGCACUCGCUCCGAAGGUAUUUACUCAUAAAACUGCAACGCAAUACCCACGAAAUUAAUUAAUUAUCGGAAUUUGGGUCGGGGAGCUACGCCGUGCGGCAUCAGAGCGUAGCCAGAGGGCGAUGUAGGAAAUGCCGCUGUAAAUUUUGGAAUUUAUUUUAACGAGGCUAUACAAAUAUUCGGGAGUUAUUCGUUAUCGUUCAAAAAUUUAACUGCAAUUUUUACUUUUCGUAAUACGUACGCUAAUACCGACGCGCUAAUAGAAUACGCAAUUUUUCCGAUAGCAUAAUUUAUCCGAUAGCAUAUGUAAGCAGAAAACAUAAAAAGUCCAAGUCUAAUAAUGUGUCAAUUAUGGAUUAUUUACAAGCUGCGGAACGCAUUAUAAUUUAAUAUGAUUUAAUAUGUCAAAAUAAAAUUAUGACGAUGUAAAGAACCACAUCCCUUGCAUCGGCCACAUCCGGUUAACGAUAUGAUUAGAGCUCGUUAAUUAAUUUGUGCGUCAGUUUUACGCUGGCAUCGAGAGAGAAUCAUAGAAUCGUUCAAGCCAUGUCGUUGACACAAAGAAACGGACAGAUCGCGCAAGAAUGCAAUCCGUAUCACGCGUUCAUAUUGGCGAUUGAGAACGGAGAGUUUGAUAACGUGAAUAGAAUUUUGAUGCGCGACAAUAUAAAUGAAUAUGUACAUCCGGUGGGUGCUCUUCAAGUGACAGCCCUUCAGGUGGCUGCGUGGCAGGGAAACAUAGAUUUGUUGAACCAACUUCAUGACAGAGGUGCUGAUGUAAACAGCCAGGAUAGAAUUGGUAGAUCUGCCCUUUAUUACGCGGCACAUAAUGGCGAUGUUAAUGUAACCAACUGGCUUCUUCAACGCGGAGCAUGCGUCAACGUUAAAACUGGUGUCCAUUCGUGUAGCAGGUCACCAAGCAGGAACGUGUCAAAUUCUUCGCUGACAAGAUCCCAUGGCAUAGGGAGGAAGUUGCCGUUACCCGAACGCUAUGGGAGAACGCCGUUACACGAAGCGGUGAAAAAUAAUCAUGCGGAGGUCGUUCGUAUUUUGGUGAAAAAUGGUGCGGAUGUGAACGCUAACGAUGAUGGCCAGAUUACCCCUUUGCUCUUAGCGGGAAGCAUGGUGAAUCGUGAUGAUCUCAACAAGAUGACUAAGUUCGUCGAGAUCAUCAAGAUCCUAGUCGACGCGAAAGUAGACGUUGAUGUAGCUCAUCCGGAGACGGGUACCACUGCUUUGCAUCAUGCGGCGAAACUAGGCAGUGCACAAGCGACACAAAUAUUAUUGUCAAAUGGUGCAAAGCCAAUGCAAACAUGUAAGAACUCCAAAAAGCAAGCGGAGAGCACACCUCUUCAUAUCGCCGCGAGCAUAGGAAACAUCGAGACACUAAUGGUGCUACUUGAAGCAAUACCAUCUUGUGAUAUUGACACGCCUGAUCAGGUCAAUCGUACGGCUCUUCAUAGAGCGUCUUACAAUGGUCAUCGCGAAUGCAUACGAGCUUUGAUUAAUUAUGAAGCUAAUCUAGCUGCAGUGACAGAAACUGGCAUUACUGUCGUUGAUGCUAUAUUCGCUCAUAUUUCACAACCAUUGGCAUUUUUAACCGAUAUUUUGAAUUCUUGUGUACAAACGACAAGUUCUACAAAAGGGUCUUAUGAAAACAUCACUGUCGAUUUUGGUAUACUGACUCCAAAGUGCCAAAUGCAAAUGUCAGUAGUUACAGCUAUUAUAGCCGCAUCUUCGGACAUAACACAACUGGCAAUAUUACAGCAUCCACUUGUGGAGACAUUUCUCAGACUUAAAUGGACGAGAUUAAGGAUACUCUUCUUUGUUCUUAUGUUCGUGCACUUGUUCUUCGUUAUUUCUCUUUCGGUCUAUGCUAUAAUGCUUGUACGUGAUAACACUGAUCAUGUGAUAACUCGAAGAAUUUUAACUCUUUGUUCCUGCAUUCUUUUAUUUCACAAUACAAUUCAAGUUAUAUUAGAACCCAGGCAUUAUCUGAGACAACUAGAAACAUGGUUAUCAUUCAUCUGCGUCAUGCUAUCCCUAGUGACGUCGAUAGCGGGCGAGUUUGUGAUGUGCUCACAGGAAGAAAAUGAUUCACAAUAUUGCGUGCAGUGGUUGCUACAUCCCAUCAGUAUCGCACUCUUGUUGAGUUGGAUGCAAAUGAUGCUAUUAAUUGGACGAGUUCCAAUGUGGGGAUAUUAUGCACUCAUGUUUUCUACAGUGUUGAAAAAUCUCCUAAAAGUUCUUUUGGCAUUUGGCUACUUGAUUAUCGGAUUUGCGUUGAGUUUUGCCGUUUUAUUUCACGGAAAUAAUCAAUUUCAUCAUUUCGGAAAUGCCAUUGUAAAGACUAUAGUAAUGAUGAUGGGCGAAUAUGAGUACAAGGAACUGUUCAACAUGGAGAAGAACGAUACGAGUAUUGAUAGCGAAAUUACUUUUCUGCCAGUUACAAGCAGAAUCGUAUUCUUCAUCUUCAUCAUGCUCGCUAGUAUCGUCUUAAUGAACCUCAUGAUUGGUCUGGCGGUCAAUGAUAUUCAAGAUCUCGAAAAAGAGGGCCAUAUACGUCGAUUAUUGAAACAAGCGGAAUUUGUCGCACAUUUAGAGAGAGUAUUGUCACAUCGAAUUUUUCGCAGCAAAUGGAUACCUCGUCGCAUACGAAUAUUGCUUCAAUCGAGACGCGAAAUUCCCACGAAAAUUAUAUUAUAUCCUCGUGAAAAUUAUUUUAAUUAUAUGACUUACUUUGAGAAGGAGGCGCCGCCUAAGAUUCCCACCAACCUAAUAGAAGCUUUAUUUGUAUUAGCCACCAAGACGUCUUUCAAAAACGAUAGCUCAAUGGACAGAAGCGUAGAGAUUGGCGAUACGAAUUUGAUUCCUAUAUUAUCCAAUUUAGAAGAACAAAUUCGGGAAUUAAAAGCAUAUUGUUAUCGUAAUUUAACAAAUCGGAAACCAUCAAAACGACGCGUGUUCAAGAGAAGGCAAAGAAGACUUGUAAAUUCCUAACAUAUUGCACACGUCGCAAUUGUUUAUGCGUGGCAAUGAUAUUUAUGUAAUAAUCAUUAAAUAAAGAGCAUAAAAUUUUA